UUCCUAUCGACAGUGAGUCUAUUUAAGGACAUGCACAACAUAUUGUCUAAGGACAACAGCAGGGAAACACCUUCUAAGCCUUCCGAUUUCCAUCGCUCCACUUUGCCGGGAAAGUGAACAGCAUGUUGUGGUUAUGGAAAUUAGCUCAGGAGGAUGACAAACAGUGUGCGUGCCAAGAUUUAUGCCCCGAUGUUGCCCGAAACUACUUCAGAUGCACUGAACAUCCUGCGAAAUGGGAGCACCGAAUCAGGACGACGGCAACAAAGACACAUGGCCUGUGCUGACAGGCAGGACGAUGUGAACCGGAGAGCAAACCCUCUGGCUAAUUGCCACUUGAGUCGUGAGGCAACGCCCCCAAAAUGUCGGCCACGCAAUGGAAGAGAAGAGGCCAGAGGACCAUCAGCCAAUGGAAGAUCGGUUGGCUAUAAUUAGGCGCAUCGCUACAAUCUCAGCGAUCUCGGGAGACAUAUGUUUCGGAUUCGAUUCUGGGGAUGGGAUCUCUCGACAAGCGACGAGCGAGGCAGGGCGCACUCUUUCGAUUUUGAGGCUAAUUUCAGUGGGCACACGACUUUGGCACGGUUUAGUAUCGUCGCGACAAUUAUCGUAAUUAACUCGUUUAUGUGUUGUGUGCUAAUCCAAUUACCAAGUUCGCACAGGAUGCCCCCAAUCGUGGCAGGCUAAGAGAACAAAAAUUAAUUCAAUCAAUCGGACAACCGAAGAAUUAAGUUCGAAAUUAAAAAUCAGUUGCAUUGUCUCGCGAUCGCGAUCCCAAAUAAAUCGAAAGUGUUUUAGACAAAAGUUCAACCUUAAAUUUAUAUUUCGCAAUUGAUUUGCUAGACAUGUUAAACUACCAACAGCAACUGCAUUCGCUGCCCGUCGGCAACCCGGGAAAUUUCUACUACGGACCGACGGGAUCGCACUCGCUCACAGUUUCCGGCGAGGUAUAUCCGGCACUUCAGACGCAAAAUCUUGAGGCGACAGAUAAACUGACCGAUCGUGAGGGCAGUGCCCGAGAUCUGGACAAAAUGCACCGAUUUUCGGUAGAUAACAUCAUGGAAAUGAAGCACGACACCUAUCCCAAAGGAAAACUAUCUAUGGAACUGAAUAACAAUUACGGCACCAAUGGCGGAGGAAGUGGUGUAGCCCCCUGCUCCGGUAGUCUCCCAGUGGGCCACUCAAGGAAGCCGCGCCGCAAUCGCACCACCUUCAGCUCCGCCCAGCUGACGGCCUUGGAGAAGGUAUUCGAACGGACCCACUACCCGGAUGCCUUUGUUCGCGAGGAGCUGGCCACCAAGGUGCAUCUGAGCGAGGCAAGAGUGCAGGUCUGGUUUCAGAAUCGGCGUGCUAAAUUCCGGCGGAAUGAGAGGAGCGUGGGCUCGAGGCCGCUGCUGGAUUCGGCUCCACAGCUGGUGCCGGCGCCCAUUAGCAAUAAUAUGCACAAAUAUGCGAGUUUGCCACACCCACCGCCUCCGCCGCCGCCCGGAGCCUAUGCCCUCAACUUUGGGCCACUGGAACUGCGCUCGUGCCAGAACUAUACGAACUGCUACGGCGGAUUCGGAACGAAUCCUGCGCCCAACAGCGGAGUGUGUUCCUUCUUCGGAGCGGCCACGAACUACUGCGUGGCUGCCAACUACGCGAAGAACGCCUAUCCGCCGCUCUGAUGACGACGGCUAGCUUUUAAUGGGCCCCACGAGGUUACUUCAUGCAUAUGUAUUUCAAUUAGCCAAAUUGCAUUAAUGCUUAAAAAUGUAUUAAGACUAACAUAUUCGCCUACCUGACUAAUACUUAUAUUUAUACGACACAAAACCAGAUGUGACGCACCGAAGGAAGCUCCCAAUAAAUAACAUUUUCUA